CGAUGUUAUUUCAUUUAUUUAUUUGUUAUUUGUAGCCUUUAUAUUCAUUGUUAAUUAUUUUGGUAGCUGAAUUAGAUGGAAACUAAUCUAAAAUAUCUUAAAUACGCGCUCGUUAAUCGACAGAUAGAGCUAACCAAAUCUGGAAUUAUAUCUUUAUCCGAUAAUGGUGAAAGUAAACCCCCUACGUAUCUCGACAAACAAAUGGUCUUCCCUGGAUCAUUAAUAAAAAUUAUUGGAACUUCUGAUGGUAAAGAAAGUGACGAAUGUAUUGUUCAAAUUUUAAACUUCAAUGCUGUUACAAAUAACCAAUUUUACGAAAUCAGGACGAGCUAUUUGGUUAAAGUAGCGGAGGAAAUUUGGCCAUUUGUUAUUAGCAUUGACAGUCUUGAAAGUCGGUUACGUUUAGUUAACAAUAGCGAACAAUGUCUUUGGUUGACUAACUUAAAAGUCAAUGACGUUGUGUGUGUGCGUGGAGAAUUGUUUAAAAAUGGAAACGCGAAUUUUGAUUGUAUUAUCCGUUACAUUGGUCCAGUGCAAGAACUCAAUUCCGUAGGAUAUUAUUUUGGAAUGGAAAUUUUGCAUCUCAAUAACGGGUACUCGCCUCAAGCCAAGGAAAUUCAGUUCGCUGCAAGGUACAUGCAGUGUGAACCUAACUUAGCAAUAUUUACCACUGCUAAUUGGAUAGCUCCUGUAUCAAGUGAAUCAAAACAUAAACUAUCCGCUAGACAAUUGAUCAACGAAACUAUUGAUCGUGUGUACACAGCCAUUGUGCCAUCAACAUUAAAUGGACAGCGAAGUGAUCACAAGUCCAAGAAACGACAGCCUACAGCACAUUUUUAUGAGUCAUUGAUAGAAACAGACGUGAAUCAAAACACAGAUAAAUACGAUUCCGAAAUCAUGAGUGAGUCUAUUAAAGAAGAUGAUUCCACAUCUAUAAACGGGAUAAAUAAAUAUAAUAAUAGUAAUAAAUUAUAUUUAAAUAACAUUCCGAUACCUGUAGGACGUAAAGGAUCAAGUCUAGUAAGUUGUCAGAAAAACGAGAAUAUUUUUGACACAAUGAAGAGAACCGAAUCAAAUAUUAAUGAAAGCGAUACUAAUGUUAUAACUAAUAGUGACAUUGAAGAGUCUAGUAGAAAGGACCAUAAUAUAAGCAUUGUUAGUAAUCGUCUGGAAAAAGAAAACGUCGAUUUGGCCGAUUUGCUCGGUACCAAUUGGCCGACAAAUGCCGGAGAUGCUGGUUUCAUUUUAAACAGAGCUAAAUUAGGUUCAAAAUCAUACGACAAUAAAUUGGAGACAUCUGCAUCUAGCUCUACCUUUGAAACUUUUGCCAAGAAUGGAAACAGAGUUUCGCAAGUACCUAGUUCAUCUAUAGAAGUCAACUCUAACACUGAGUUGCCUAACAUAAGUUACCAACAAUUACAUGAAAUACCUGGAACAAAGCUCACAGUUGGAUCUCUGGUUGAAGUGUCUGAUUCUGGGAUUUCUGAUUUAUAUGGUGUAAUACGAUGGAUCGGUAUUCAUUCUACCUCCAAAAAUAUAUUGGUAGGAAUCGAAGUAGAAGACGAUCCAAGCUUAAGAAAUCUUAAAACAUCCGAUGGAACUUAUAAUGGCGUUCGAUUAUUUCACUGUCGUGAAGGUGGAGCUAUUUUUGUUCCGCCAAACAAAUGUGCGAGUGAUCGCAGGUUUGCAGAUAUAGAAGGCAGCUAUUCUUUUAGUGCGGUAACAGCCGAUACAAACGCUAUAAAAUUUGGACACGUUGAUUGUCCUUCAGUGCUGGGAGCUGUACCACCGUUAGCAAUAAAAGAUUUAGAUGAAUUGGAAGCCAUAUGCGGAAAAUUUAAAGGAAUUCAGGGACAUCACAAUUCCUGUUAUUUAGAUGCAACAUUGUUUUCCAUGUUUACUUUUACUAGUGUAUUUGAUUCCAUUUUAUACAGAAGGCCAAACUCUGAGGAUAUUUCACAUUAUAGUGCUGUACAGAGUGUGUUACGUGAUGAAAUAGUUAAUCCAUUACGAAAAAAUGUUUUUGUGCGCGCUGACCGUGUCAUGAAACUACGUAAUUUUUUGGACCAACUUAGUUCUGUAAGUGGUUUAACCAGUGAGGAAAAAGAUCCAGAAGAGUUUUUAAAUAGCUUACUAUCUCAAAUCAUGAGAGUGGAUCCAUUUUUAAAACUCAGCUCUGGGCAAGAUUCUUAUUUUUAUCAACUAUUUGUAGAGAAAGAUGAGCGAUUGACGUUUCCAACAGUACAACAACUGUUUGAACAAAGCUUUCAUUCAUCCGACAUAAAAUUAAAAGAGGUUCCGUCAUGCCUAAUUAUUCAAAUGCCUCGGUUUGGAAAGAGCUAUAAAAUGUAUCCUCGCAUUCUACCCUCUCAAGUGCUGGAUAUAACAGAUAUCAUUGAAGAUUCCCCUCGACAGUGUUCCGUUUGUGGGAAACUUGCUGAAUUUGAAUGUCGAGAAUGUUUUGGUAGCUUGCAGGUUGGUUCUGGUCUCGAGUGUACAGCUUUCUGCCAAAAAUGUCUUAAAACAGUACAUACGCAUGGGAAAAGAGUAAAUCAUGAAUCAAAGAAAUUGUCUGUACCAAUAGACUUCAAAGUAAUGGCUGAUAACAUGGUUUUACCAAGUCUUUAUAUGGAGCUAUUUGCUGUUGUAUGCAUAGAAACUUCUCAUUACGUAGCAUUUGUGAAAACAGGCUCUGGACCAGAUGCUCCUUGGUGUUUUUUUGAUUCAAUGGCGGACAGAAAAGGUGAAAAAAACGGGUAUAAUAUACCGGAAAUGAUAUCCGUUCCUGAAAUACCUCAGUGGCUAUCUGAUGAGGGGGCUAGACACAUUAAUGAAAGGUCCACAAAUGACAAGGCCUUACCCGAGCAUGCUAAGCGUCUUUUUUGUGACGCAUAUAUGUGUAUGUACCAAAGCACAGAUGUCAUGAUGUACCACUAAAUAGGUAUUUGCCAUUAAGUUUUAAAAUAUUGUAGCAUAUUAAACUAAAAAAAUAUUUAGUUUAUCUAUUAUCAUUGAAUUCAAUUCAGUGUAAGUUUACUAUUUUUGUAGUACCUAUAAGAAAAAAAUAUUGCAAAAAUCUGGAUCUAAUAACAACAAUGUGAAUCUGAUGUAUUUCAGUUUUUAUAUCCUGGAAUGUAUACUAGUGUAUACCACACGAAUUACAAAUGUUUUUUCCAUUUACUUGAUUACCUUCACAAAUAAAGAUUUAAAAUUUACUGUGCAGGUAUAUGUAAUGAAUACUAAAAAAUAAAACAAAAAAAAAUUAA